CCCACUUUAUACUUCCUUGUCCGCAUGCUUAAGUGCAUAAACACGCGGUAUUUUAAUCUCCCACCAAUUUAAUUAUAUAUCUCUGAUUUCAAAAAUAAUUCUAUCAAUAUAAAUAACACCAUGUAGUGUACACUAACCCUACCAUAUUCACAUUCUCUCUCAGCACAACCCUACCAUGAUCAUGUCCUACCCGGUUGGCGGCCGCACCGCCGUGGACUGCGAGAAACAAGUCCGGUCGUGGCGGCUCCUCCGCUCCGUGGCGGAGCUGCUCCUCCCCACGUGCAACUGCAUGAUAACACAAGAAAACGAGUUCCGCCACAAGCGAUCCUCCUCGUCGACGGUCUCCGGCACGAUCUACGGGCAGCGGCGCGGCAAAGUGAGCCUCUGCAUCCAAACAAACCCUGAUUCAACAUCUCCGAUCCUCCUUCUGGAGCUGGCCAUCCCCACAAACGUUCUAGCCAAGGAAAUGAAAGGCGGGUCGAUCCGGUUCGCCUUCGAGUGCAAAACGGAUCCGGGUUCGGGUCCCCUGUUGUCCAUGCCUGCAUGGACAAUGUACUGCAACGGAAGGAAACUAGGGUUUGCGGUGAAGAGGAAGCCUUCCAGGGCUGACGUGGAGCUUCUGCAGAAGAUGCAAAACGUCGUCGUUGGCGCCGGCGUGGACGACGACGUCAUGUAUCUGCGAGGCAUGUUUCACAGAUUUCAUGCCUCUGCCAAUUCCGACUCGUUUCACUUGAUUGAUCCUGAUGCAGCCCAGGAGCUAAGUUUUUAUUUUCUUCGAUCAUAUUGUUGAUUCAUUGUAAUAUUUUGUUUUUGGGGCACCCACUUUUUGAGCCGUGCAUGAUUGCAUGGCUUUGGCUUAUGCUCUUGUCUUGUGGGUUGGAUGAUGUCUCUUUUUUCUUUUCUUUUUUUCGUUUUAUACAUCAUGUGGUUCGACUUUAAUUUUCA